CAGCCACAAGGUGCCGGCGGAGCCCCGGGAGCGCGGCUCGCUCCGCCGCCCCGGGAGCCGCCCCGGCAGCGCGAUGGCCGCGCGGUCCCGCAGACCCUGGCUGAGCGUGGCGCUGGGGCUGGUGCUGGGCUUCGCCGCCGCCUCCUGGCUCAUCGCCCCCAGGGUGGCCGAGCUCGGCGAGAAGAGGCGGCGCGGCGCGGGGCUCUGCGCCUUCCCCGGGCGCCCGGGCGGGGUCGGGCGAGCGGAGGUGGCGCCGGGCGGCGCCGGAUUCAGGAGCGGGCGCCGAGAGCUGCCGCCCGCGGCGGAGGAGGGCACGGCCGGCGGGGAAGGGGAGCCGGAGGAGGAAGAGGAGGAGGGCGGCGAGAAGCGGGGAGGCGGCCGCAACGGCAGCGGCGACUGGGGGGGCUGCGCCCGGCCCCGCGAUUUCCUCUACGUGGGGGUGAUGACGGCGCAAAAGUACCUGGGCAGCCGGGCGGUGGCGGCGCAGCGCACCUGGGCGCCCUCGGUGCCCGGUCGCGUCGAGUUCUUCUCCAGCCAGGGCUCCGCCGCGCCCCCCGGGCUGCCCCCGCUGCCCCUGGUCGCCCUGCCCGGCGUGGACGACUCCUACCCGCCGCAGAAGAAGUCCUUCAUGAUGCUCAAGUACAUGCACGACCACUACCUGGACAAGUACGAGUGGUUCAUGCGGGCGGACGACGACGUCUACAUUAAAGGUGAAAAAUUGGAAGAGUUUCUUCGCUCACUGAACAGCAGUAAGCCUCUGUAUUUGGGCCAGACUGGUCUGGGUAAUAUUGAAGAACUCGGAAAACUUGGACUGGAGCCUGGAGAGAAUUUCUGCAUGGGAGGGCCGGGAAUGAUCUUCAGCCGGGAGGUUCUCAGGAGGAUGGUACCACAUAUAGGUGAAUGCCUUCGAGAAAUGUACACGACUCAUGAGGAUGUGGAGGUGGGCAGGUGUGUCCGAAGGUUUGGAGGAACUCAGUGUGUUUGGUCAUAUGAGAUGCAGCAGUUGUUCCAUGAAAACUAUGAACACAACCGCAAGGGUUAUAUUCAAGAUCUUCACAACAGCAAGAUUCACACAGCCAUAACCCUUCAUCCAAACAAAAGACCAGCCUAUCAAUAUAGGCUGCAUAAUUACAUACUGAGUCGCAAAAUUUCUCAACUGCGCUAUCAGACCAUUCAGCUCCAUAGAGAAAGUGCCCUGAUGAGCAAGCUCAGUAACAGUGAAGUAAAUAAGGAAGAUCAGCAACUCGGAAUAAUGCCGUCUUUCAAUCAUUUCCAGCCACGUGAAAGGGAUGAAGUCAUCGACUGGGAGUUCCUGACAGGAAAAUUUCUUUACUCUAUGGUAGAGAACCAGCCACCCCGGCAGAGCCUGAGCAACAUCCUGCGGGCUGCGCUGGAUGACACUGUGAUGCAAGUAAUGGAAAUGAUAAAUGAGAACUCUAGAUCUAGAGGAAGGCUCAUUGAUUUCAAGGAAAUACAGUAUGGCUACCGCAGGGUGGACCCGCUGCAUGGAGUGGAGUACAUCCUGGAUUUGCUGCUUUUGUACAAAAGGCACAAAGGACGGAAAGUUACAGUUCCAGUGAGACGCCAUGCUUACCUUCAGCAAUUGUUUAGCAAGCCUUUCUUCAAAGAAGCAGAGGAGCUGGAUGUAAGAAGCCUACUAGAAGAUUCCAACACUGACACUCAACCUUUCUCUUUUCUUUCAAAUUCUUUAAAGACUUUUUCCUCAUCAUUCCAAGGUACCAAAGACAUUGAGGGACGCAGUGACAAGAAAAUACAUAUUCUUGUCCCUCUAACAGGAAGAUUUGACAUUUUCUCAAGAUUUAUGGAUAACUUUGAGAAGACUUGUCUGAUUCCCAGACAGAAUAUAAAAUUGGCAAUAAUUCUUUUUAGUUCUGAGUCAGGCCAAGACUCCAGCAAACACAUAGAGCUGUUGAAAGAAUACAGCAUUAAGUAUCCUAAAGCAGAUAUGACUCUAAUUCCAAUGGCAAGAAAGUUUUCUAGAGGUUUAGGUCUUCAAAUUGCCUCAUCUCAAUUUGACAAUGGCACUUUGCUGCUGUUCUGUGAUGUUGAUUUGCUAUUCACAUCAGACUUCCUCCAGCGAUGCAGGGAUAACACUAUUCAGGGAGAACAGGUUUACUACCCUAUCAUCUUUAGCCAAUAUGAUCCAAAAGUAAUAUACGGAGACAACCCACCACCUGACAGUAGUUUUGUUUUCACAAAAAGAAAUGGAUUUUGGAGGGAGUAUGGAUUUGGAAUUACCUGUAUAUACAAAAGUGAUCUUCUUACUGCUGGUGGAUUUGAUACCUCAAUUCAAGGCUGGGGACUUGAGGAUGUAGACCUCUUUACUAAAGUGAUAACAUCUGGCUUGAAGGCUUUUAGAAGUCAAGAAGUAGGAGUUGUCCAUAUUUUUCAUCCAGUUCAUUGUGACCCCAGUUUAGAUCCAAAACAAUAUAAAAUGUGCUUAGGGUCCAAAGCAAGUACAUUUGCCUCUACCAUGCAUCUCGCUGAACUCUGGCUACAGAAACAUAUGGGUAUCAGGUACAAUCGAACUCUGUCCUGACAUCUCUGCCUAUUUGGCCUUUUUAGGGGAGUUUACCUCAUUAUUGUUAUUAUUAUUUGAUUUUGCUGUUGUGGUUUUAAACUCCCUCCCUCCUCAUUGUCUUCCAAAGACUGUUUACCUUAAAUGGGAUGUUUGCUGUUCACUGUUCACUGACGUUUCUUAUACCUAUAGAACUGGUAAGGUGAAUUCCUUCGUAUUUCCUAUAUUUGAAAUUCAGUCAAGUCAUGGCAAUCAUAUGAUCCCAUGGAGAACAUCCGUCACAAGAGACUGCAUCAGAAGAAUGUUCUCUUUUAGCUUUGGGAUGCAGUUUUUUGUUGCAUUUCUCAGCUUUGUUGUGAUAAAAAUAUUUACUGGUGAAGGUACCACAAAAGUGCUUUAUGUUUCUUCUGGGGAUGGAACUCUAUAAGAUAAACUUGAGUUUUAUAAUUUAUAUGAGGACUUAUAUGUAUAAAUGCUACUUUUCUUCAUCUUUAGAAUUUUUAAAGUAAAUUAAUAACUAUCUGUACUUUUAUUUUUUAAGAAAAAGAAAAGCUGAGGAGCUACUUGCAAAUACUACUGGUACUGGCUACCAACGUCCUUAAAUGUCUUGUUAUAAUAACAAAAUCCUCAUUGUUGUUCACUCUUAAGUGUAAAUGAACCUUAUUUUCACAAUGAACAGGAUUUAAUUAAAUGCUUAUGUAUACUUUAGAAGAUUUGUGAAUCAACGUUCUUCAUUUGCAGGCAAGAAGAAACUAUGACUUAACAUUUAUGAUAAAGUGAAGGCAUGCAAUAUUUGUUUUUUGAAACACCUAGCAUAAGUUGCAGUUUCUUUUAUUAGUAGGAGCCUCUAAUGCAUACUUUUCUUUUACAAUCCUCUCAUAAAGCUGCACUUGAUACAAAAUCUUAGAAGUUAAAGCUGUAUCUUUUUUUACAUUUGCCAUUAAUAUGUAGCAAUUUCUUGUUAAAAUUAAAAUAAUUGUAGAGUGAUUAUUUAAGUUUCAAAAUUUACUAUUGCUGGUCCAAGUUCUUUGCCAAUAUAUUUAUAUUAGUGGAGGUUAUAAAACUGAUUUAGUUCUUUCCUGGACAAUCUGAAGUUGUCAUAUUGUGGAUUCACAGACUGAGUAUUUAAAAUGAUACCAGCAUAAGAGAUAAUAAAAUCUAUUUCUGUAUGUAUAUUAUUUCUGUAUCUUGACAUAGGGAUAUAUAUAUGUGUGUGUAUACGUAUAUGCUUGCAUGUGUAUAUGUGUACAUGUGUAUAUAUCUCUAUGUAUAGAUAGAGUCACUUCAAAAUGGUUCUUUUUCAUUUCAUGCAGCGAUUUGUAACAAUCGUUGUUGCCACAUUCUUGGAACGUUUCAUGGUAUGCUGUAGUAAAAGCUCAAAGGCAUCCAAGAAACCAUAAGAAAUCAGCCAAACUUUUAAUACAGUGAAAACAUUUAAAAACCUCAGUAACCUUGAUUUCAAACUGUAUUUCAAAUAGAGCUCAGUAAGAAAAAGAAAGUAAUUAUGUAAUUUAAGUCUACAAGUUCUUCAUCUGUAAUUAACUCCUUCAGUGUUUCCAUUCAAAACAUACCUAAGAGACUUUAAUUUACUGACAAAUCUAUUUGCAAAAGACAUCCUGAUAAAUGUCCAAAGGCACAAGGAGGGUGCAUAUGUCGGUUAACGAGCGUUAUCUCUGGUUGUCACUUCUGGAUUUACCAUGCAAAAAGGCAGUCCUGAAAAAGAGUGAAUAAACUCAGAAUUAAAGGGCUGGCCAUAGCUUUUUAUACGUUUGCAAAAAAGCCAUUCUCCUUGCCUUGGAGAAGUUAGUAAUUGUGGUGAAUGAGAACAGAUAAAAGGUAAUUCAUGCUUAUCUGCCCUCCCCAAGGAGAGGUCCUAGCUUGUUAUUCUUCUGGAGGCUUUGCCUUCCUAUCCCAGUAUUGUUAGUUCAAAUGUCUGGAGAAAGUAAAGUCUAGUAUAACUAUGAAAUUAUUCUUGUGAACCACUUUUAAAAUUGAGUGCAAAUGUCAUGCUUUGCUCAAUAAAAGAGCCAAGAACAAGGAACGUAGAAGUUACUUGGUCAAUCUCGACUAAUCGAUGCAAGUCAGAAUGUAAAUAUCAAAAACUGAAUGCCUGUUGAUAAAUGUUUGUGAUGUUCAUAAACAUAAAAAAAAAAAAAAAAAGAUUUGCAGAAGCAUCUAAGGAAAUCAUUGCCUGCUGGGAUAUAUUCCAGUGCUAAUUUCAGUUGCUUGACUUAAUGGCCAGAAAGUAUUUGCUCAACUCAAAGUAACAUACUAGACUAGAAAAAGGAAUUCAAUCAAUCAUUCAGUGGGGAUAAAAAUGUAUACAGAGGGCUUGCAGGAUCAAGUCCUACAUGAUAUAAACAAAUGCUAGUAUUUACCAGUACAAAUAUUUAUUUAGUGUCUGACUGAUUUCUUUGUUUAUAUGAUGAAUUACUUUGUUAAAAACCUGGUUAUAAAUGUUUAUUAUGAAAUAUUGCAUUGUCUUUUGAAAUAACCACCCUGAGAUAACUUGAGAACUUGUGUUAAUUUGUUUAAGGAGUAAUAUGCCCUCUAAGGACAUCAUAU